GUGAGUGAGUAAUUCCAGGAAACGUAAGAUCGCAGGUCAGCAGCUCGCAGCGCUCCGGCCGUGUGCAGCCAGGGACGCCCGGGACCCCGCUAGGCAGGUGGCAAUUAAAAGGUGAAACAUGUCUUCAGACGGAAUCUCCGCCAAAGCUUUAAAGGUUAAAAGAGAGAUGGGAGAAAAUACCCCAGUGCUGUCUGACGACGAGUUAAUGUCUAUGUCUGUGCGGGAGCUAAACCACCACUUACGUGGUCUGUCCAAAGAGGAGGUGGUACGGCUGAAGCAGAGGAGAAGAACCCUAAAGAACCGGGGCUAUGCUGCCAGCUGUCGAGUAAAACGCGUCUCCCAGAAAGAAGAGCUUGAGAAACAGAAAAAUGACCUUCAGGAAGAAGUAGAGAAACUGGCGCAAGAAAACUCCACCAUAAAACUGGAGUUGGAUGCGUUAAGAGCUAAAUACGAGGCUCUACAAAACUUUGCCCACUCCGUAUCCCGAGGGCCCAUCACUCCAGCUAAAGUGGCAGCCACCAGCGUCAUCACCAUUGUCAAGUCAUCUGGCAAUUCCUACUCAUAACAGAGAAGGAAAUGUUUCUUCUGUGCCCUAAAUCUCCUCUACAUCCCAUUUCAUUAAUAGCCACCAGCCCAUGCCCUGACAACAAUCUUAUGAAGAUUCAGAUUGGCAUCAAAAGGAUAUCGUUCUCAUACCAUCCAGCUCUUACUUGAGUUUAAUGGAUCGUUUCCAGAUCACUUUGUUUUAAAAGGAUUAUGGCUAAAUUUUAGCCCAAAACAGUGACAUUACCAUUCGGAAAUUUUGGAUUCCUAAACGCAGUGGAGAAUAAGAUGAAUUUUUGACACGAGACUCCUGACUUAUGUUUUUUUUGUGCAUCUUCUGGAAAUUCUUCAAUGAGGAAUGGCAGUGCACAAGUUUCUGACCUAGAAUGAAAUUGUCAUUUUUUUUUUUUAAUUUUAUGAUUAACUGUAGAGCUGGAGUAAAUACCAACCGUUCGUUCUGCAGGGGUGGGGCUUACACACAGCGUCACUCCAUGAAGCUCAACACCAGUUACUCUGGUGGGUAGUUGGGAAAGGUAGAUAAUCUCAUCUAAAUGAAAAGAAGGGAGAGCAAAGGUGAACUGGAGAAUGUAAGGAGAGGUACAUGGUAAAGGAAAUGUAAGAUGGGGUAUGGUAAUUAAUUUUACCAGGAAAAUGUAGUGAAAAUAGUGGGCAUUUAAAAAAGAAAAAGAAGUGCUGUGGAAAUGGGUGUGAUAUCUUGGCUCUGUCAAGAUGUUGCCCAGCUAGUCUAUUGUAGUCAAACCCUUGUAUACCAGAGAGGACAACAAUAUAUCACUUUGCAAUACUCUGUUUUAUAGGGGCCCUAACUGGUUUACCACCUAAGCAAGAUGGCAACAUUUAAAGGUGCAGUGGUUUAACUUAAAGUGAAUGUAAAUUUUGAUGAUAAAGUACCCAGCUUUUAAAAAUUCAAUUAAAAACAGGGGCACUCGUGUUGUGAAAAUACUUACCUUUUAAUCUUGACAGCCGCUCCAGCUUCUCCCGGUCGUCGCAAGCCUCUUCCUACGUCAGAAAUGAUGGAAUGGUCAUCCUCCAAUCAUGGCUUUCCCCCCCGGGGGAAUCGGUGUCUGAAGCAACGCCGUGAUUGGAGGAAGCCAGAUUCCUCAUUUUAGACCCAGGAAGAGGCUUUGCAAUGGGCGGAGGAAGCAAUGCAGCGGCUGUCAAGAUUAAAAGGUAUUUUCACAACACGAGUGAAAUGUAAAUUUUGAUGAAUUAAAGUGCCCCUGAUUUUAAUCGAAUUUUUAAAAACUGGCACUUUAAUAUUAAAGUGAAUGUAAAUUUUCAUGCUAAACACCUUUCUGGCUGCACAAGUCUGUAAGAGUUGGCUUAUGUUUAGUGAUACAUUACCUAGGUGUUAGCAAGAUUAGCUCUAAUAGUGUUAGGUUAAUUGUAAAUUCUAAAGGUCACAGAGAGGUCAAAAUAAAUUUGACUUUUUCUAUCAUAACACAAAACAUAGCGGCUAUUGGAGGCAUAAAUUUACAACAUUUUGAGAGCAAGAUAAUGCAAUCUUUGAUACCAUAUUUAUAGUAUUAACCAAUUGUAUAUAGUAAUACAAUAAUAGAAAAAUUAUGGUUUGCCCUCUGUUAUUAACCUCAGAUGGUUUUGUUGGGUCUGUGAGACGCAACAUUCUACUGCAGCCCUCAAACUUUACAAGCCUCUAAAAAUGUGUUCAUUUAACCCACUUGCUGCCGGAUAAGUCUACAGUGCAGACAAGUGCUCAAAUAGUUGCAAGAUGAGCAUUGUCACUUAAAGGGACAUCUCACCUUAAUGUGUUUCUAAUGGUCAUUUUACUUGCUGGAGUGUAUUUGUUACAAGUGGUUCCUUUACCUUUAUUUUGUUAUUUGAAACUGCAGGCUAUACUGAAAAUAGGAUUAACAAAUGUAUUAUCUGUAGAAAAGAUAUGUAAACAGGCAACAUUAUCCAUAAAUAAUCUCCCAGUGGUGGUUGUGCUCACUCAGCUCCCCAGCCAUAAUAAGCAUUUCCAUACCUAAAUAUUAGGUUCUGUGUUAUACAUAUAUGACAUUAGUCUGCUUUACCUGCCGGCUAAGCCCAUUUUUUGAGCUUGUCCUUGAGAAAAACAGGUGUUGGUUUUAAAAAGCAAAAACAGCUAUUUAAAAUACUUAAACAAAAAGGAACAGUUUUCCAUACAUAUAAUACUCUGCAGGAGGUAUAACAAGACUUUUAGAACGCAUUAAAGGGAUAGGAAAGGCAAAUUAAACUUGCAUGAUUCAGAUAGAGCAUGUAACUUUAAGACACUUUUAAUUUUCCACUUCUAGUUUUAAAUCUGCUUCAUUCUCUUGGUAUCCCUUGCUGAAAAAGAUUAAGCACAUACCCUACACUAAUAGGAGCUGCUGCUGAUUGGUGCCUGCACACAUUUUGUUUCUUGUGAUUGGCUAACUAGAUGUGUUCAGCUAACUGCCUCUAGUGCAAUGCUGCUCCUUCAGCAAAGGAUAACAAGAGAAUGAAGCAAAUUUGAUAGUAGAAGUUAAUUAAAAUUAUACGUUCUAUCCAAAUCACAAAAGGUUAUUUUGGGGUUUCCUGUCCCUUUUUACGAGGAAACAACUAAUAUUGUGCAGUUUCCCUUUUAACAAAUUCUAAGCAAGGCAACGUUACAGCAAACCAGAAGUGUCAUUAAGGCACCACAUAAAUCACGUGUGACUCUGACUUGUGAGUACUCGUGUACAGGAAAGGUUAGAGUAUAUUAUCCCACUUCGGAGACCUUAAACGUGCUUAAAAAAAAAAAAUAUUUUUGCAAGAAUUGUAAACAUUCCAGUGACUAAAGGUCAUGAAAUCAUUAGUCAUUACGGUCAUUUUUUAAUUUUUUUUUCUGGAACAAAUUACUUGUAAUGCUUGAUCCACUCAAAUAGCUUCUCCAGUAAUGGAACAUAUUAAUAUAUAGACAUUUCCUUUUAUAAAAGUACUGUUGUACGGAUCAUAAUCCAGUUGUAAAAUUUAACGGACAUCAUUUGUUUUAAUGUAUUUAUUUAUAUAUAUAUAAAAAAAAUAGUUUGUCAUUUUUGCAUUUAAAAACAGUGUUUUAAAAUGUAUUAUAUUUAAAAACAAACAAAAACAGUAUAUUACUGUUUAUAAGUAAAUCAAUAAAAUAUUUAUUGUAUUUUAUGCUUGUAGAGGUGUGUCCCAUUUUAUGCAAAAAAAAUAUAAAUAAAUAGAAGAAAUUUAAGUUUAAAGGGACAGUCAACACCAGAAUUGUUUUUGUUUUUAAAAAAUAGAUAAUCCCCUAAUUACCCAUUCCCCAGAUUUACAUAACCAACACAGUUAGAAUAAUACAUGUAAUUACUUUGUAAUUGCCUUGGGGCCUAUCUAUCAAGCUCUGGAUAGAGCUUGAGGCCCCGUGUUUCUGGCGAGCCUGCAGGCUCGCCAGAAACACCAGUUAUGAAGCAGCGAUCUAAAGACCACUGUUCCCAAUCUGUCCGCCUGCUCUGAGCAGGCGGACGGACAUCGCCGCAAUUCAACCCGAUAGAGUACGAUCAGGUUGAUUGACACCUCCCUGCUGGCGGCCAGUUGGCCGCGAUUCUGCAGGGGGCGGCGUUGCACUAGCAGCUCUUGUGAGCUGCUGGUGCAAUGCUGAAUACGGAGAGCGUAUUGCUCUCCAUAUUCAGCAAGGUCUGGCAGACCUGAUCCGCACUGUUGGAUCAGGUCCGCCCGACUUUGAUAAAUAGAGGCCCUUGUAUCUAAUCUAUCCAGACUGCCCCUUUAUAUCAGCUCUUUUGACAGACUUGCAGUUUAGCCAAUAAGUGCUCAAUGCUUGGUAAAUUCACGUGCAUGAGCUCAAUGUUAUCUAUAUGAAACACAUGAACUAACACCCUCUACUGGUGAAAAAACGUCAAAAUGCAUUUAGAUUAGAGGCGGCCUUCAAGGCCUAAGAAAUUAGCAUAGGAACCUCCUAGGUUUAGCUUUUAACUAAGAAUACCACGAGAACAAAGCAAAAUUGGUGAUAAAAGUAAAUUGGAAAGUUGUUUAAAUCACAGUCUCUAUCUGAAUCAUGAAAGUAUUUUUUGGACUUGACUGCCCCUUUAACAUUAAUUGGCAAUAAUUAGAAAAAUAUAGUUUAAAUUCAAUCUCAUUUAUGUUUCUCUGUGACUUUGAGAAUUUCUUUAUUUAAAGGGACAGUAAAUACUUUACAAUUACAACUUUGUUAGCAGAAUCUGAAUGUUAUUAGAACAGAUUAAUCCCUCAACCUCCGCCUACCACUUUCCUUAUUUGGAGGGGCCAAUCCAGAAUGGAGUCUGGAGAUGACAGGGCUUGCCACUGUCAUUGUGUUAACAAAUCAGUUUAAUAUAAGCAGAAAUGAUAAGAAAAACAAAUACAAAUUAGGGACAUUAUAUGUUGCAGGGUCAGGUAUGAGAAGCUGCCACAUGCACUUUCUUUUUUCAGGAAAGGAGCAUUUUCAGGUUUAAAUUACAGGGAAAUGAGACAAAAUAAAUAAAGUAUAUUGCAACAGUGUUUUACAGGUUAUAAAAAUACAUUUUUUUUAAUUAGUCUCAGUGUUUAGUAAAUAAGGAGUUAAGAGCAUAGUAAAUAGGACAGGUUUCAUGGGAAAUGCCCAGUUUGUUUUAUGUAAGUCUUAAUACAUGUGAUGGAAACAGGAAAGAGAUGAAUGUGAAAUAGGGGAGGCAAGUUUAUUAGAAUUUGGGGAUUAUUUAUCCGGUUGACGUGAUUGGUUAUGAGCUUCAUGAUUUGGUUGCAAACUUAGUCCUUGAUUAGUCUUUUUAAGCAAACGAACGGUUGUGGCAUGGGAUUAUUAACCCUUAUGUUGACAGGCGAGUGUUUUUAAACCCUCUGAUAUGGCAGCAAAAGAGUUAAACAUGUGAACAUACUCCUUCUAUUCUGCAUCAAAUACUGCUGCAAGGUACAUUGUCUGUAAGAGACAUUAAAUACUACUAUAUUGUCCUUUUUUAUAUAUUUUUAUGGCCAGUUUUGGGCAAACAGGAAAAGCCCCAAUACUGUUACCUCUGGAAAUAUGGUUUUAUCUGUAUUUCCUGGAAAACAAUCUGUAAAUUUUAUUUUAGCUGCUUAACCCUUGGCUGCCAGAGAGAGAGGGCUGCACCAUAUUGUGUAGGAAUGCACUGCAGUGUUCUCUCUUGUAGUCAAGGGGUUAAAACAAAAUCUAGCUGUGGCAGGAGGUGAGAGGUCUGUGUUUUGUUUGUGACUUGUGAUAUUAUUGGGCCUAUAUUACAAAUAAUUAAUCUCAUCACCCACAUGCUUUUAUUUGGAGGGGGAAAACACCCCUCCUGUUUUAUUUAUGUUUUGAGACGUUUAUUUUUCUGUAUAUUUAUAUUAUUUUUAUUUUAAAGUUUAUAGGGAAAUGGUGGGAAAUGUUUUUAAAUUAAUAUUAUAAAUGUUUGUCCAGUAGAAAGAAAUAUUAUUUUUGUAUUAUUAUUAUUAUUAUUAUUAUUGGCUGUUGUCACAAAUAUAGUGUCUUUUUAAAACUUAAAGGAACGUGGAACUCUCAAUCUGUAUUAUGCUUAAUUCUAUGAUCAAAAUUUUUGGUUGCAUGGAAAAUUAGGGAUACAACGUCUAAAAUCAUAGGCCCUCAAUAUGGUCUUAUUUUACUUAAUGUGCAGUAGUAUGAAACACAUUUGUGAUAUUGUGGGGAUUCCACAGUAUUUUCUACACAAAUGAAAGGGACAUGAAACCCAAUUUUUUUCUUUCAUGAUUUAGAAAGAGCAUACAAUUAUAAACAACUUUCUAAUUUACUUCUAUUAUCUAUUUUGCUUCAUUCUCUUGAUAUUCUUUGCUUAAAAGCAUAUCUAGAUAUGCUUAGUAGCUGCUGAUUGGUAGCUGCACAUAGAUGCCUCCUGUGAUUGGUUCACCGUGUGCAUUGCUAUUUCUUCAUUAAAUUAUAUCUAAAGAAUGAAGCAAAUUAGGUAAUAGAAGUACAUUGGAAUGUUGUUUAAAAUUGUAUUCUCUACCUUAAUCAUGAAAGAAAAUGUUUGGGUAUAGUGUCCCUUUAAAGGAGAGGGACUAUGGCUGAUCAGUAACUGAUAAUUCAAGUACACUGCAGUGUAGCAUGCAAAAUGCCUAAUUUUAAUAAUAAUAAAAAAAUCUGAGUGUUCCAUGACCCUUUUUAAGAAUCAAAGGUUAUGGUGGGCAACCGGUUUCGCUUCUAAUCAAAUAACUGUAUUAGACAAGACAUGGCAUAUAUCAGGAGUGUCCAAAUGUGCUCCUCAAGGACCAGAAACCUUAACUAAAUUUCAUGAUUUACCAGAGGCAGCCUUUAAAUGCGGGGCUCAUUUGGAGCAAGUAGUUCUGGAUUUGAAUUGGACACCACUGACCCACACAAAGGGUGAUUAUGCCACACAUUAAAAUGUGUAAAUCUUAUGUAAACUGCAUACCUCCUGAGGCUUUGUUUGGAUUGUUGCCCUGGAGGUGUACAUUUUUAAUUACUUCCUUUUAAAGGGACAUGGAAGUCAAAUUAAAAAUGUCAUGAUUCAGAUAGAGGAUUUUUUUUUUUAAACAAUUAGAAAUUUCGUUUCCACUAAGACAUACUGUGGUAGGCUUAGGAACGAACAUGUGUCUUAAGCAGUAUAUGACAGCAGGGUUUUUAUUCAUGUAGUACCCGAGACAUGUGUACACUCCUGAGCCUACUUCAGUAUGUUCUCAUGGAAAGGCGCUACAAUUCAACAAGAGUCUAGGAGAAAGAGGUCAGUUUGAUAACAGAAGUAAAUUGGAAAGUACAAUUAUAAAUGUCCAUUCUAUCAGAACCAUGGAAGUUUACUUUUGAAUUAUAUUUUUGACGUUUGGUACCAUUUUUAAAUGGUGCAUUGGUCACUCCAACAAUAUGCAGUUGGCCUACCUAAUUAUUUCCCCUUGUUCUUCAUUGCAAUUACUGCCUCUUCAGCAACAUAUUUAGACUUCACAUGUUGUGUAGUUUUGGUAAAGGGCUAUUCCUAAGAUCCAGUCUUGUAAUUUCAAUGCAUUGCUGAGCACUGAUAUCCCACCGCUGCCACCAUAUUGAGGUUUAUGUCUAAACCUUUGCCAAAAAUGUAAUUUGGUUUCAAUAAACAUUCAAAAACUGUAUUAUUUAUAUUGAACAAACAUAUCCUAUUUUAAAAGGUAAAGAAAAAAAAAACUGUAAUAGGUAUACAAUUUAAAGCUACCAUCUAAUGCAGAGGUCCAAAUAGACCCAAUCAUAUCUUAAAAAGUAAAAACCACACAAAAAUGUCCCUUUUAGCCCUUUUGUAACGCUGAAUAGCAUGAUGCACAACAUAAUGUGACUACUGCCUGUCUGGUCUAUCUUACUUUAUACCUAGAGAGACCUUUUCACCAUUUUGGCAUUUUUUUAAAAGUUAAAAACGUAGCCUUUUUUUGUAUCCUCUAUAGUACUGAAUGUUGUUACUGUAGUAGUCUCUUACCACCUCUGCUUAAAGGCUGCUCAACUUAUUUAAUAAAUAGAUUAAUUAUGACAUAUCUUUUACAAAAAAAAAAUUGCCCUUUUGGGAACUGAAUUGGAGUAAUCUUCUUGACAAGGGUAAAGGUGUCUGUCAGAUCACAGAAUAUGCGUAGAAGAUAAUGUUUAUACUCUAGUAUACUGUUCUAUCUAGAGUGAUCAAACAACUCUGCUUUAACUAGGAAUGUGCAUUCAGAUUCUUUGUGAGGAUGCAGAUGUAGGUGACCUCUUGUGCCGUUUGGAUCUUUUCGUACCCGGAUUGAUUCUAGUGAAAGAUCCCCACACUAAGAUAUGGAUUUUCACAAAUCGUAGUAUGGUGAUCUUUCACUAGAAUCAAUCCGGCUACGAAAAUAUCCAAACGGCACAAUUGGCUGCCUACUUCUGCAUUUGGAUCCUCAAAAAUUAUUCAAAUUCACAUCUCUAACUUUAACCCUCUUAAACCCAAAGGAGAUUCAGCUAACUGGCAAAUAAAGGGCUACAUUUUUUUUAUUUUUAUCAGACUUUCACCCUUUUGUUGGUGAAGUGACUCCGCGCAGCACAUGCAGAGCUGGUGGUGCAGUAUCUGUGUCUGACACAAAUGCACAUUACUUAUUCCGCAUUAUAAUGCUCAUGAACAUUUUCAUAUACCUAAUAUAUGUGUGUAUAUAUAUAAAAAUAUAAAUAUAGUGAAUGGUAUUUAUUUUUGAAGCAUUUUAAAGUCCCUUUAUAAGUGUAUUUUAUAUAAUGUUCAAAUAAAGCAUUUUUCAUGUAAAA